CAUUAGUAUGCACAGCGGCGGCAUCUGUUGUCACGGUAACCGCUAGGCAAAAAAUAUAAACAUGGUUGUGCUUCAAUGAAUGUUAAGCAUUAAUAAGGCCACCGGAGGGAGAAUGUCAAGGGGGAAGGCUAUUGUGCAUAGGGGUCAGUAUGGAUACCAGAGACAGAAGGAACGAGAGCCUAGAUCCUGUAUCCGGUACAAGUGUACGCUCAUUAACACCAUUGCAGACGUGCUGAGGCAGCGACCAGGCUGGACAGAAGUGAAGGAGGAUGGUGAGUGGGAUUUUUAUUGGUGUGACGUGAGCUGGCUGCGUGAGAACUUUGAUCAUAUUUACAUGGAGGAAUACGUCCGCAUCUGCCACUUCCGCAAUCACUACGAGCUAACCCGCAAGAACUUAAUGGUGAAGAACUUGAAACGCCUCCGGAAGCAGCUUGAGCGAGAAUCUGGUAGACUCGAGGCAGCAAAAUGCGACUUCUUUCCCAAGACGUUUGAACUGCCAGCAGAAUAUCACCUGUUUGUAGAGGAUUUUCGAAGAAACCCCGGGGUCACUUGGAUUAUGAAGCCUGUGGCUAAAUCCCAAGGAAAGGGGAUUUUCCUGUUUCGGAAACUGAAGGAUAUCACGGACUGGAGAAAGGAUGGAAGUCGUACAGAUGAUCAGAAAGACGAAAUCUCAGUGGAAAAUUAUGUUGCGCAACGUUAUAUAGAAAAUCCAUACUUAAUUGGAGGGAGAAAGUUUGAUCUGCGAGUUUAUGUUCUUGUUACAUCGUAUGUUCCCCUACGAGCCUGGCUUUACCGAGAUGGUUUUGCUCGAUUCUCAAACACUCGGUUCUCUCUCAGCAGCAUUGAUGAUCAGCAUAUUCAUUUGACCAAUGUAGCUAUCCAGAAAACAGCUCCAGAUUAUGAUCCAGAAAAAGGAUGCAAAUGGAUGAUUAUGCAGCUGCGGCAUUACCUGACAGCCAAGCACGGGUCUGAGGUGGUGGAAACCAUCUUCCAAAACAUGGACAAUAUUUUCAUCAAGAGUUUGCAGAGUGUCCAGAAAAUAAUCAUCAAUGACAAACAUUGCUUUGAACUUUACGGAUAUGACAUCCUGCUAGAUGAGGAUCUAAAACCGUGGCUUCUGGAAGUCAACGCCUCCCCUUCUCUGACAGCCAGCAGCCAGGAGGAUUACAGGUUGAAGUGCCGCUUGCUGGAGGAUACCCUGCAUGUAAUUGAUAUGGAAGGCAGACUAACAGGGAAGGAGAAGAGAGUUGGGGGCUUUGACCUUAUGUGGAAUGAUGGCCCUGUAUCUCGUGAUGAUGGACAACAAGAUCUGCUCGGAAAUGGAAGCCUUGUAGCAAACACACACUUAGGCUGCAUCAAUGACAGGAAAAAAGCACUCAGACAACUAAUGAACCCCGCCAACAUUAAGAAAUUAUGAUUCUCAUAUUAAUGACAAUUGUUUACAGUUAACCCAAAAAUAAAUAUCAUUUUCAGAAA